AGAGUCCAUGGACUGCAACAGCAGAGCCGGCUUCUACUACGAUGAGCUCCUGAAAACAUGCAUCGACUGCACUUCGGUCUGUGGGCAGCACCCGAAGCAAUGCGCCCCGUCCUGCGAAACGGGUGCUCUGGUAGCCACCCCCCCUCCACCAGCCACCCCGGUGACGGCCUUGCCGCCUGCAGCUGUGCUGGAGCAGAAGGCGUGUGCGGAGCAGGAGCCGUGGCUGGUGGUGUACCUGCUGCUGGGGCUCUGCCUCUGCGCCCUCAUCUGCUCCCUGCUCCUGGGCUGGACCCACCUGCGGAGGAAGGGAGAGGUGGUCUCCUGCCAAGCCAGCGCUGGGACCUGCCACCGCAGGGAGGACUCCUCCAAAGAUCGUCUGGUGGAAGCGGGCAGUGUUGGUGAUGGAUCCACUGGCAGCAGGGUCCCAGAGCCAGUGGAAACCUGUGGCUUCUGCUUCCCAGGACACAGCUCUGCUGUACAAGAGACCAAGUCCUGCCACAGCACCUCCUACCCCACAGGGGAAAGAGCCGUUCCCUCUCACUCUGGGAUAUGCAGCACGGGAAGUGCUGGGGCCAUUCCCAGCCCUGACGAUGGCCACUUCAAAAUCAUAUGUUCUCCUUCACAAGAGAAGACGCCCAUGGCGUGACCGCAGUGAAUGUUCCUGCGCAGGAUCAGAAAGGAGGGAUGCUCCCUCUGCCCCCAAAACACAGCUGCUCCACCCUCCGUUUCCAGUGACCGUAACAGCUUCUGCCAGGACCAGCAGACCUGGCUCAGUUGUUGCCCAAGGGCUGUAGCCUACAGACAAUGCUGUAGGUUAUAGUGCUGUUCUCUUCCAUUCAGGAAAUGAAAUUCCCAUGAUUCGCAUGCACUCCCAGCGACAGAAGUCACUUCCCAUUUAGCAGCAUCUUCAUCCUCUGACCUGACCUCUGCAGACUCCUCUGUGCGUCCCAGGGAUGUCUCACUGGGGCUUUUCAUCCUGGCUCCCCCAUCAGCAUCACUUUGCGUCUGCCAAGGGGUUGAUACAGAGCCAGGAUCAGACUGUGGUGUCCACCAAGCCCCACGGACACCUUUCCCUGCUUGAAAACCAUCCCAUGUAACACAAGUCAUUUACAAGCAGAGCUGUAAGCAUCUCAAACAUGGAAUCAGACCCAAGAAGUUACUCGUGAAAGUUGUAAUGACCCCUGAAUGCCACUGCCAUGCCCUCAAGGACGGCAUUUUCUGACUUUAACAGAAGUUUCUUUACAGGACAGAGCAUUUGCUAAGACACAAUGUGGAAAGCUCCACCGCCAGCUUUCAACACUGCUUGGGACAGGAGGACGGACAGGUCAUGAGUGAUGGCGAGGCUUUGCCUUGUGACAAGACAUAAUGCCACAUGGGAGGAACUGGGACAGGCACCAAAUUCCCCGAUGGAAUUGGGUUUGAAUGUGAAAACUUAUCCAAGACUGAGAACUUUCUAAAAGACUGGAUUCAUGUAUAUCUGGUCUGGGUUACUCAAAAUAGCUGGUAAAAGUGAGGAACCAGCUACAGAUAAGAGCUGCUUUGAGGGAAGAUUUUUAUCUGACCUGCUUUGAAAGCUACUAUGGAAAAAUAUGGGUUUCAACAUGUAGCUUGAAGUUCUCAUUUUCACUAAAGGAGAGUGUAGGAAUUUUGUGCUUGGUGAGAAAACACUCCUAGGAGGAGCUCAUCCUCUCCACUUUCUCAGACUAGAGCUUCAAGCUUGGAAGAAUAAAUACAAGUCAAUAUAUGCACAAAUUGAUGCUGAGAAAGUGGACAGCUAGAGGAAGCAUGAGCAGAUAGUUGUAACAGGCUCUGUCCCCUCCAUAUGAUGUAUUUCUUUAAAUGUUAAUGUUUUC